AGUUUAGUGUAGUUGUUUGAUAAAAAAUAUUCCUCCGGAAAACCGUUAUCGCCUGCAGUAUUGUCGCGCAGUAGACCCGUUCAAUUUUCUUUUUUAAUUAUUUUUUAACAAUUAUAUCCUUUUUCGCUGGUCGUUCCCCUAUCGACCUAUAUCGGUACUACGCGAUCUAAAGCAAAAGCGCGACGCGAAAUGUCACAGCGACGGAAAUUAGAUGCGACGGCGUGGAUUGGUCGAAGUGGCAUAAAUGUGUAAUAUAAUAUUAUAUAGCGGCCGCUGUGUAUUUAAGUACGCCGAUCCAAUCGUCGGCGAUACAUUCCGACGGAAACCGUUCUACCUCCGUCUUCAUCUUUGUCUCCAUCUCCGGAGCCGCGUGUCGCCGCCCACCAUAAACUAUAUAAGUUUGGCGACACGUCUGCCAAUCACCCAUCAAUCAUGUGGACACUCGUCGUGUGUGCUGUUUUGGCCUGUGCGCUACAACAGGUGUCUGCAGCUACCACCGCUCAGGAGUCAGAUCCUAAAUUCUGGAUUGAAAAUGGAAAACGAAUGUUGGAGGCAAAGUCAAAACAACCACUGCGAACGAACAAAGCGAAGAAUGUGAUAUUGUUUUUGGGAGAUGGUAUGUCAUUGACAACAUUGACGGCCGCUCGCAUAUUCAAAGGUCAGUUGCAAAAUACGUCCGGUGAAAGCGAACACCUGAGCUUCGAACAGUUUCCGUUCACCGGAAUAUCAAAGACGUAUUGUGUUGACAAUCAAGUGGCCGAUUCAGCAUGUUCAGCCACGGCAUAUUUGUGUGGCGUCAAGACAAACAAAGGCACGAUCGGUGUGACGUCUAAAGUUAACUUAGGAGAUUGUCCAUCAUCGGUCCCUGAAGAGCACCGUGUGACUUCUAUAAUGCAAUGGGCGCAAUGGGCUGGGAAGGCGACUGGUAUCGUGACCACGACCCGGGUAACACACGCAUCCCCAGCUGGCUGUUACUCACAAACCGCGCACCGAGACUGGGAAUCCGACGAAGAUAUGAUAGCCAAAUCAAAUAGUACAACCAAUAUAACGCAGUGCGAAGACAUAGCUAAACAGCUGAUAACCAGAGAACCUGGGAAAAAUUUCAAGGUUAUCAUGGGUGGUGGUCGAUAUAAUUUUAUGAAGCAGGGAGUCAAUUCCACCGGAAAACGUCAUGACGAAGACUUAAUCCAAAAUUGGAAAAAGGACAAGAAGACUCGGUUUGGUGAUAAAAUCGCCAAGUACGUAACGACCAGACAGGAACUAAUGGAAACGGAUAUGUCUAAAACCGAUUUCGUGUUAGGUCUUUUUCAACCAGGCCACAUGGACUACAGAUUAAAAUCAAAUUUCGAGACGCAGCCGACGUUACAGGAAAUGACCAGGAACGCUAUACAGUUGCUCCAGAAAGAACCAAAUGGUUACGUUCUUUUCGUAGAAGGUGGCCUCAUCGAUAAGGCACAUCAUAGGACGUGGGCGAGAAUCGCACUUGACGAGACGUUAGAGUUUUCCAAAGCUGUGGCGGACGCUGUGGCGAUGACUAGUGAAGACGACACAUUGAUCGUAGUGACUUCAGACCAUGCGCACACCUUGUCGAUGGCUGGUUACCCUAAACGAAAUUCGAAUAUUCUCGGUUUAUCGGGGUCAAUGGCCACGGACAACAUGACGUACACAACACUGAGCUACGCCAACGGUCCAAAAAGAUCCUUCGUGAAUGACAGCACGUCAUGUCACAGAGUCAACGUGACUAACGAAGAUAUAAAAAAAGUCGACUUUUUAUAUCCAAGUCUGGUCGAUUUAUCCGACGAGACUCACGGAGGAGAUGAUGUUAUGGUAUUUGCGAGAGGUCCUAUGUCACAUUUAUUCACCGGAAACUACGAGCAAAAUCAAAUUGCUCUUGGUAUGGCAAUGGCUGCUGGCAUUUCCACGAAUUUCCCAACUGCUGACUCUACUAGUGGUGCCAUUUCACCUUUUAAUUUUGCUGGACAAACUAUUCUUGCAGUAUUAUUGUUGGCCCUCGUUGGAAUUUUACAGGCUAGCUUAUAAAUCUCACCAAAAAAAAAGUAUUACGAUAUCAUUAUAACUGAUUUUUUUAUUUGUAAGUCAUAAAUAUUAUUUAGAUUAAUUAAUAUAUAUUUAAAUUAUAUCAUAUAAGCCUUUUUAUUUAUAGAUUAUAGAAAAGUGUGUUUCUAUAUUGUUUGUUUAUUUCUAGUGGCCACUUGAUAUUUAAUAACAAAUUUAUUUUCUGUAACCAAAGGCAACAAAAAAAUAUUUGAUUUUCGUGAACUUAAACGAAUUUAAUGUUUGUGCCACCCAAUGAAAAUCGUGUAGGAAUUGAAAAACGAAGCCAUGAUGCUCCCCAAGUCUCCGAGAAAUAUGUGUGCGAAAUUUGGUUCUGAUUGGUUCAGUAUUUAACAAGUCUGUAAGCCGCAUACAAACAUACAUUAAUUUUGAUAUAUCUAUUGACAAAUUUACAGUGUAUAAUAAUUUAAUAAUAAUGUUUGUUACGUAUUAUAUAACAAUAUUUUAUAAGUACAUAUAAAUAGGUGAUCAAAUAUAGUAACGCUUGUUGGUUGAAA